AUGCACGCUCAGCAAUAUGCAACACAGCAUCAGCAAGUUGCGACACAGCAUCAGCAAGUUGCGACACAUCAGCAGCAAGUUGCGACACAAUAUCAGUGUGCGAAUCAACAUCAGCAAGUUGCUGCACAAUAUCAGUGUGAGGAACAAUAUCAACAGGUUGCGACCCAACAGCAGCAAGCUAUCAUUGCGACAAAACAGCAGAAAGAUGCGACACAGCCGAAGAAAGUUGCGACAAAACAUCAACAAGGUGCGAAACAACAGGGAGAUGAGGAAAAGCAACGAGAAGAAAAGAGCGGCACGACCAAGACUAUUCAAGAACGUCUUGAGUAGGUUUUAGUUUGUAGCUGACAGAUCAUGCUAGCGAAUUUAUCUCAAGUGUAAAUAGAAUUUUGUGGCAAAGAUCACCUCCACUUUUUUAUGAAACAAAUAUCUCAAUUCUUUGAAUCAUUUGUGCAAAACUUGAUAAGCAUACAUUUGACUUUAGGCUCCAUUUCUGGCCAUUUAAGAGGGUUUGAUUUGAUACUCAAUCUAAGUAAUUUUCACCCUUUGCCAUUCCGCUUGCGUGCGAUGAAACCAAACGCGUGCGCGCAAACGGUAGCGAUCUCGUCACCAGAACCUUUGGAUCUUACGGCUGCCGGCCUGUGGGGGUGAGAAUGAGACGGUAGAUAACCAAGCCUAAUGUAUUUGAUCUGCUUUUUACUCAGAGAAAUGAAAGAAACUCUGGAUAAAGAAAGAGAGGAAUUCUCCCUGAAAUUGAAACGGCAAACAAGAAGAGUCACUGAUCUUGAAAUCAAAGACAAGCAUCAACAAAAAGAGGUAAGAUAGGAGUCAAGUUCAGUAGCGAUAAAUAGAGAACCAACCAUAGUCUUGUGAAAGGGCACCCUGAGAGAAGUAGAUGAUAUUGCUUUAUGUCAAUUCUUGAUAAAUGCAUUUUUAACAUUACUCAUAUGCUCCUGUGGAGUCACGAAGAAGAUAUCAAACAAACAAACAAACAAAAAAUUCUCUUCUUGCAGGUUGAACUGUUUUUUUCUUUUAAUAACGAAUAUUAUACAGACUUAAAAAAAGAAGCUAACAUUAAUGGAGAAUCAGUUUCUCCUAGGAAAACCUAGAUUAAGCAACAGGCAGAAAGCAGUGCUCGGAAAUACUUGUUUUCCAUUUUCUUAAUGUAAGUUAUUUCUUAUACAUUUCACGCAGAUCAAGGAACAGACAAAAGCAAGAGAGCUUGCCGAGGACACGUAAGACUUUUUUCAAUGUCGUACUGUUAUUUCGAUUCAGUAGUGGAAACAAUUUUAUGUGAGAACAUGUCCGAGAAUCGUCCAUGCUGACAUCAGGGAUAUUUUUCUUUCUGUUGUUACAAUUAAAAUUGAAGGUGGAAGAAAAUCGAGGAAGAGAAAAAUGCUUUGGAUGCCAUGAGGCUUUCAUUGGAGAAGGAAGGCGGCAAGAUAAACCGAGUUCUCUUGGUAUGAUCUACUUUCUUCUCAUUCCUUAAAACGUUUUAAAACAAAUUUGUAGUCUCCCUCGCAGCCAUUUUUAGUGUAGUCACGCAACACUUCUCCCCACAAACGAAUACAUGUACCAGUUAUGAGGCAUCGAUUGAUUAUAAGAAAGUUUCAAGGUAAUUUAUAGUUCAUUAAUUUCUUAGAAAACGGAACGCGACCUUUCUAAAGCACAGGAGAGGAUCCUUAAAUUGGAAGCUGAUGAUGACGCUCUAAGGAGCUACCUCAAGAAACUCAAAGAUGAAUUAUCUCAGGAAUUUGUCGCACUUCGCGCCACUUAUAAUGAGGUGAGUAGAAGUUAUAUAAACUAAAUUAACUAACUAAAGGAACCCACCAGCCCCCCCCAAAAAGAGACCUUACCGGUACUUACUAUACUACUAGGAUGUGCAUUUAUAAAAAAAACGAGGAAAGGUUUAACUUAAGCCCCGAGCACGUGACUAGAAAAUCUGCCUAAAAGGGGCCAAGAAUUAUAAAGGACACCUCUUGUAUUCGUUCGCUUAUAUGUUGAUUUUGUGUCUUUUUUUUCCUUUUUUCGAUGCAAAGUUGCAAGAACGACUGCGAGUUGAAGAACUGUAAGUGUUUUAUGUUUUAGUUUGCUUUGAGAAAUUGUAACUUUUCAACCAAAUUUUCAGGAGUACUUCCCUAUUCAGUGAGAACCUGCAAUGAAGGCUUUUCUGACGGAUACGAGGUAGAAAUUGGCCAGAAAUGUAUAAGAGUCAAAGUUAACUUUAGAAUAAAAGUAUUUAAAGGAAAAAAGGAAAACUUUAACAAAAUUGACACCAGGAAAAACUAAAAACUGACUUCCUAUCUGAGGAAAUUACUCAUGUCCCAUGCAGUUUAUUGGCUUUUAGACAUAUUCAUUUUUAGAUAGAUACCUAAAAGAUUUAAUUCCUCCUUCAUAACGUUACCUUAGCUUUCACAAAUGGCACAACAAUAAUUGAUUAUUUCGUUACUAAGAGAAAUUGUUUCAUUUUAGCGCAGCUUCAAAGACCAUACAUGGACUCGAAGAUGAGGUAUCUUGUCUCUCGUUUCAACACUUUGAAUAUUUCUUCUUUUUAAAAGCAAUUGAAAUGUUUUAUAGAAAAAGCCUCAAUCAACAGAUACACCUUUUCUUCUUUGAAAUGGUUUCCGUCGUCGCUUUUCUACAGAAGUUACGUUUGUAGUAUACUUGUCAACAAAUUACUGUAGAGUACUCCACAAUGAAAAGAACAGUUUUCAACGGACAGCAUACAUUAGCAUACAUUAACAUAUUAUAGCAAAACAGAAGAAGUUUGGAACCGCAGCAGGAUUAGCUCAGUUGGUAGGGUUCUUGACCGUAAAGCGGGAUGCCGCGGAUGCGAUUCCCCGGCCCAGACCAAUACUCAGCGUCUCAAAAUAACUGAGAAAUUAAGCUACUGUCUCUCUUAGCACUGCAAGCGGCUGGACCCUCGCAUGGUUCGGAUAACCAUGGCGGUGGCGUCUCCAGUAGAAGACCUAAAAAUAAUUUCCCCAAUUAGUACUUUCGUGCUAAAUACAUUGACAUUCAAAAAAGCGCAUUUCUAUUUUUAUUCUUUUCGUCUUUAGUAUGAAAUGCUCACGAAAGUUUUUUAAACUUGCAGGUCGCCUAUUACAAAUCGUCUCACCAGAAAACCACCGAAGAGUAAGUAAAACGUAAUAAACACUUUGAAGGCCGGGAUUCCAUACAGGCACAUGUCAGACAAUCGUGUAAGGAAUACGUUAAAUUCCCACUAUAACCCCCUCCCCACUUAUGAGCCCUCCCAGUCAUAAGCCCAUCACCUGGAAACAAAAAUAUAAUUUCGAUUAUGGCCCCCCGACACACAAACACACAGAUAUAGGUCCCCCUCUGGCCACACGCACACACACAAACACAUAUUGGUCCACCUCCGGAUCGGUUGGAAAUGAAUUUGAUUCAUAAUGACUUUUUAAAGCUUAAGCUUAGACGGUAUGAUACGGUAACUAAAAGUGGGACCAGCUGCUCAAAUGACUAUAUAACAAAGAAGGAAAGGGUUUUUAAUAGGAUGCGAGGCGGCAGAGCGAGCGCGAGCGAAAAGUUGGACCGUAGGUCUAAAUAUGCCAGACUUGAGAAUGUAAAUAACUGAUCUCCUUGGGCGGUGCGAUCCGUAAAAUAGUCUUUUUGCCUUAAUGUGACAGUUUUAUUUUGUACUUUUAAGAAAAAAAAAAGCGUCGCGAGCGGAUCUAGAGCUGACCAAAAGCAUCGAAGCUCAGUCUGGGAACGAAAAUGCAACAAUUUAUAAUCUUAACAAUAAUGAUAUGAUAAUAGUAAAUCUAGCAGGCUUUGCGUGGUAUAAUUCGAAGUUCACUCUGUACAGGUCAUCACAAUUUUAUUGUCGUUUAACGAUCGCGCACUUAUUAUAUUUAUGGUAACAUUUUGUGACCAUUCUUUCGUAACGGUUUUCAUCCAGAAUGAAGGAGACCCUCCGUUAUAUACGGCCGAAAAAAACGUGUUCCAAAGCCUUGUUAGCAUUUGUAUAGCAUACGUCGUGCAAGUUUUGUCUUUCUAAAGUUAAUAGUAUUUUAAAUGAUAAUAUGUUUUUUUUGUUAUUCAGUUUAGACAUUGCUAAUCAAGAGCAACGUUCCUUGGCCCAGCGGUGUGAGUUGUGGAAGAAAAGCUCUCAGGAAAAAGAAUUGGUUUGUGAACUUGCAGAGAAAGACAAAGCCGUUCUUUCUAAGAAGAUUCAGGUGAGA